AUUAUAAUAAUUUAUGUAGACACGCAAUAGUUACAUUUACAAAAAAAAUUUGGUGUUAUAAUUAUGUACAUAGUACAGUACAUUAAAUUAUACACAUAUUUUUUUACUGCUCUUGGAUUACAGACAAUAUUUAGGUACCAAAGAGUUUUAUCAGUCAAAUGAAUGUAUUGCAUUUCUAAUUCAAAUAAUAGCAUUGUCCUUACAUUAUAAUUUAGUCGCUCAUAAUGACACACUUGUUAUACAUGUCUUUCAUAAUAAUAACAGUAUUCAUAAUAAAAAAAAAUGUGUAUAACAUAAUUUAAUAUUUAUGGUACAAUAUUUGUGCAAGAACGCGCCUAGAACUUUAAUAUAUUAUAUUUUAAUAAAUACGGGAAAUGUUUGUAAUUUAUAAUUACACUGUAUAAACUAAGCUUGGUAAUAAUUAUCAGUAACAAUUCUGUGCGAAUAAAAAAUAGAUUUUAUACUUUUUCAUGAAUUACAUGCUUGUGUUACAUAUAUGUCAUUAAUUUAAUACAAAAUUUGCUUAUGUAAAACCAACAAAAUUAAAUUUUGGAGAAUUCUGAUAUAAAUAUAUACAUAUGUAAAGUUUAAAAAUAAUGGACACUAUGCAAUCAAUGUCUUUGGCUUCGUGCAUGUAUAUACAACAAUUACAUAUAAUUUCUUUUUAUGUUAUACAUCCUAAUGGUAACAAAUGUUGAUCGAAAAGUGUCAUGGUUACACCACAACUAUAACUAUGACUAUUUAAUAAGUAACUUCUUACCAUUGGACACAGAAACUUUUCGCAGUAUUAAAUUUGAAUUCAGUCCGUAUAGAUCGACAAUGAAAAGACUAUAAUUUUUGUAAAAAGACAAAUUGUGAAACCACAUAAGGAAUAAAGUUUUUGCAAUUCUACUCAAGUUCUCAUAUUUCAUUUAACAAUACAGUGUAUUUGUAAAGUGAUUAAUAAUUUUUAGGCUGUUCUUCCAAGACAUUCCACUAAUCAUGUUCAACUCGUUCAAAUUACGAGGACGAAACAGUACCAAAAUACAGAAAAAAUGGUGGUUGUUACAUGCUACAGAUUUCGAAUCGUUAAUGCAUCCGUCUUUCAUCUUUUGCCAGAUCCUUGGAAUAUUUCCGUAUAAGAUCAAAGAUUCGACCAUCAAGAUUUCCAAACCACGUUACAUUUUUUCGACCGCCAUUAUCUGUAUUUGUUUCAUUGGUUUAUUAAGCAUUUUUUAUAUAGUCAAUUUUUGUGAAAUUUGCUCGGAGCUGUACUAUAGAGGCGUACCUAGGAUUCUUGAGAGAAACUUUUUUUACAUACUCAGUACCUUUAUAGUGACUGUAACGUACAUUUUGAAUGGUCCGCGAAUGCGUUUGCUUCAAACUAUAAUGAAAAUCUCUUCGAAAUUGCCUUCGGAAUCAUAUCAAAAGCUAUCUAGACUAAUUCACACCAAGGACAUUUUAGGUUCGUCCUUCCUAGUUGUAGAAGCGUUGAUAUAUUUAAAAAUGGAUAUUCAUGUUCCAAUCAAGAUUUUUGUAAUAUACAUUAAUCUGCUGAUAUUUGAAAUGGAUAUGUUGUAUAUGAAUUGUGUUUGUGUGCUAAAGGCUUGUUUUAAGAGAAUCAAUGAUAAUUUGGAGCACAUGCGUGAGGACAUAAUGGAAGAUGAGGUGUAUCAUCUUGGUCAAACAUACAAACAAAAGAGUUUAUUUUUACUGAUUGAACUAAAGGCUUUACAAAAGCAAUAUCUAACGACAAGUAACACAGUGCAGAUGCUAAACAUCGUUUUUAGUUUGCACCUUCUUGCUACUAUAAGUGUGACUUUUUGCGAGAUUACUUUCGAACUCUACUUUCAUAUAUUGUUUUGGCACGACGGCACUUCUAUGGUCAAUAUGGACAAGCAUCUCUAUGGCACAUUCUUGACAAUAUCCAUAACAUAUUAUUUUAUAAAACUAACGUUAAUAGUAUGGGCUUGUGAGACUGGCAAAGAUCAAGCUAUGCAAAUCAGCACCACUGUUCAUGAUGUGCUUAAUAUCACAUUCAAUAAUGAAAUCAAAGGCGAGGUAAUACAAAAUAUAACUUAAUUUGUACA